AUGGCUUCUCCGCAAAAAAUCCGUACUACUCUUACUGAUCUACUCAAGAUCAACCACCCCGUCUUCCUGGCGGGUAUGAACGUGGCCGCCGGCCCCAAGUUGGCCGCCGCGGUCACCAACGCCGGUGGUCUGGGAGUUAUUGGAGGUGUUGGAUACACCCCCGACAUGCUCCGUGAGCAGAUUGCAGAGCUCAAGAGCUUCCUGAAUGACAAGAACGCUCCCUUUGGUGUUGAUCUGCUGCUCCCCCAGGUCGGUGGAAGCGCCCGCAAGACCAACUACGACUACACUAAGGGCAAGCUCAACGAACUUGUCGACAUUAUUAUUGAAAGCGGCGCUAAGCUCUUCGUCUCUGCCGUCGGUGUGCCCCCCAAAGCUGUCGUGGACAGACUCCAUGCUGCAGGCAUCCUGUACAUGAACAUGAUCGGUCACCCCAAGCACGUCCAGAAGUCCCUCGAUGCCGGCGCGGAUAUCAUUUGUGCUCAGGGUGGUGAAGGUGGUGGUCACACUGGCGAUGUUCCCACUACGAUCCUCAUUCCUACCGUGGCCAAGCUGUGCCAGGGCAAGAAGAGUCCCUUGACUGGUCUGCCCGUGCAGGUGGUUGCUGCCGGUGGCUUGUACAAUGGCAACUCGGUGGCUGCUGCCUUGAUGCUUGGCGCUUCGGCCGUGUGGAUUGGUACUCGCUUCAUCCUGGCUGACGAGGCUGGUGCCCCCAAGGCUCACCAGGAGGCUGUCCGCACUGCUGGCUUUAACGACACAAUCCGCACUAUUAUCUUCACGGGCCGCCCGCUCCGUGUCCGUAACAACGAAUACAUCAAGAACUGGGAAGAGAACCGCCAAGACGAGAUCAAGAAGCUCACUUCUCAGGGUAUUAUCCCGGCCGAGCACGACAUGGAGAACCUUCCCGAUGAUGUUGAUGACGAGACCCUCGAGAACGCUCGCCCCUUCCUGAUGGGCAAGGUUGCUGCUGUUGUAAACGAGAAGAAGCCUGCCAAGGCUAUUGUUGAUGAGCUUGUGGACGAUGCUGCUGCUCUGUUGCAGAAGGGCAACAAGAUGUUGGCCAAGUUGUAA